GAGGAAGACAGAAGGGAGUGAACUGAGGAGAGGAAGAGCAAGAGAAGAGAGGAGGCAGUGCAUGCAGUGGAGAGAAGGAAAAAAAGACACGUUGUUACGAACGAACAAAUAAAUGCAGUAGUACGAAGAACUUUGAAAUUGGGACUUUUAUAUGAGCAAAUUGGUUGAAAAGAAGAAGGCAAGACAAGUGAACUAAACUUUGAGGCAGCAAUUGUUAUACGAGCAAGCUGGUUAAAAAGGAGUAGGCGGUAUCUAAUAAACGCAGGAAUGUCGGCAUUUAGAGUGUAUUUCAGUGAAGGUGAAAUUAUGGAAAAUGAAAGUGGUGUCAAUCUGAGCAACUUUAGGCAAUGCACACUAUACCAUCCAAAUCCUGACACCCUUACCAUGCCCGAAGUUUGGUACUGGCUAACAUGCACAUUUUCUUUAGAUCCGGGUAUAUAUAGUGUUAACGUGAGGGUUAUGUGGAGCCGAUCGGCCAACAACAUAAGAUGGGAGUUAAAAAAUGUGACACGGAGUAAGGCCUGGCAGGAUUGGCUCGCUGGCUGCAGGAGACGGGGAUAUGAAUAUGUCAUGCUGGUGCAAGCAUGUCAAGGAAGAGUCCCCACGGAGAGCGCAGCGGGGCAAUCCAGCAACCGUGAGGAGUUGGGGUCUAGUUCACACGAAGAAGAUGAAGUUGUAGCUCCCCAUCAUGGUGGCGAUGUUGGUCCUGACAUUCAAAAUCUAUCCAUACAAGGAGAUGAAGUGGUCAACCGCCAUCCUACUGGUGAAGCCGAUGAAGGGGAGGACAUACCUGCUAUAGUUGAAGAAAUUGAGAGGGUGGACCGACAUGCAAUCGAAGAUGAGGAAAACCUCGCUGCUGAAGAGAAUGAUGACGAGGAUGAACAAGAAGUUGAGGAAGUUCCUAUGCCUGCUUCGUGGAACCUUGAAGACCCUGGUUAUAUUGCAGAAAACUCUUGUCAUGAUUCAAUAUGGUUCUACGGGGAUGGCCAAAUCAAUCUGGGUGCAAUGUUCCGUGACAAAACGGGGUUGCAAGACGCAGUGAAGUCAUGGUCAUUCAAGACGCAAAGGCAGUUCAGGGUUGUGAAGUCUAACAAGACUGAGUACACGGUCGUCUUCCGUCUUCAUGGUCACGUGCCAAAGUACGAGUCUUACUGGAUUCUGUCCAAACUGCAGGAACACUCCUGUCUGAUUCGGAACACUAGGGAGUCGCACCGCAACCUGACCGCGGCAUACGUUGCGAACAAGUACUACAAGGAAAUUAUUGAAGGUGAUGACCUGCCUGUGCGGCACAUAAUAAAACUGGUGGAGAAAGGUGAACAAUACACAAUUAGUUACCACAAGGCUUGGAGGGCGAAACAAAAGGCCAUGGAGAAAAGAUAUGGGACAUUUGAGGAAGCAUACGACACUCUGUCACAGAUGCUUAACAUUCUGAAGAUCAGGAACCCUAGGACCUAUGUUGCUGUGCAGGAUCGGGAGUCAAUUCGUCCUCCAAAUUAUCUUGUGAUGCAACGGGCAUUCUUUGCAUUCGGAGCAUGCAUUCUUGCGUUCCAGUGCUCGAGGCCGGUGCUGUGUGUCGACGGUACUUUCCUAACUGGGAAGUACCGAGGCCAAAUAUUAACAGCUGUUGGUGCGGAUGCGAACAACCAGAUAAUUCCAGUAGCUUUUGCUUUUGUUGAAAGCGAGAAUUACGAAAGCUGGUUGUGGUUCUUGCAACAUCUAAAGUGGGGAGUGGUGCAAAAACGCACAUCGAUAUGCAUCAUCCAUGACCGGAAUGCCGGUCUGUUGAAGGCAAUCAAAGAGCUCCAGGAGGAUGGUGAUGGUGCAUACUACUGGCCUGACAUGCACAGCCGUUGGUGCAUGCGGCACAUGGGAGCCAAUUUUUUCAAACAAUUCAACAACCGGCGUCUGAUGAACAUGUUCAAGCGGUUGUGCAAGGCAAAUCAGUCCACAAAGUUCGAUGAGCUUUGGAAACAACUUGACGAGGUGACAAGGACACAUAUCCGGUCAAAGCAGACCAACAUCAACCUGCUGGAUGUACAUGUCCCCCAGGCCCUGGAACCAAUGGAUGAUCUUAUUCCAUCAAAUGGAAAGAAGCGUAGGUCAUCAAAGAAUAUCAAAUGUUUUACCCAUUGGAUUGAGUGCGAGCCGAAUGAUAAGUGGGCACUCCUGCAUGACACUAAUGGGGCUAGGCAUGGCAUAAUGACCACUAAUCUUGCAGAGGCGUACAAUGUGGUUCUUAGCAAAUUAAGGCCUUUACCUCUGACUGCUAUUGUUGAAGGCAUUAUGCACAGGACAACGAUGUGGAUGAGGACGAGGCGGGCCGCGGCGUUGCAACAAAUGUCUAAUGCACAAACACCUUUCUGCAAAAAGAUGGCAGAGUACCUCCAAGAGAAGGCUAACAAGGCCAGAUUUCACACGGUCAUUACCACUGGGAACGUAAGACGAAGGUGGGAAGUCACAUGUCGCACUAAGGGGGAUUUUGGAUCUUCUACUGGGGUCAUCACUCAUGAAGUUACUCUAGGGCACGAAUCUGAUAACACAUGUUCGUGCUCUUGCAAUAAGCCGAAGCUUCUUCAUAAGCCAUGUAGCCAUGUCCUGGCCGCAUGCGCUAAAAUUAAGCUUGAUUCAACAUCAUACGUGUCGACGUUCUACCUAAAGGAUAGAGUUCUAAAUGCAUGGAGUGCUGAGAUCCUCGGGUGGAGGUCCCUCCAACACCUAGUCGAAACUGGGGGUGAUAACAGGAUCUAUGUGCCAGACUUGGAUUUGUUGAAGGCCGGUAAGGGUAGAAGACAAACACGUCGCUUAAGAAAUGAUAUGGAUGCAUCCGAAGCGGGAGGGCCUGUAAGGCGAUGUGAGAACUGUCUUCAGUACGGGCACCGCACUAGAGAUUGCAAGAAUAACAAGGAGGGUACAUCUUCAACCAUGGAACCUAUGCAACAACGUGCGAGGAGGAAUAGAAGGGGCUCUCAGGGUGCUCACGAUAGGGAGGAAGGAAACCUGCAGUAGUUAUAACCUACACUGUCCGGUUAUUUAUGUUCGGUCAUGAUAUGUUCGCUGCAUGACGUUGUAUUUCAAUAAGUUUGUAAUAUGUUAGUCAAUAAGUAUGUGUAAUAUUUAUUUUAUUAUGGUAAUGUUGUAAGAUUUUAUUGUAAGGUGUUACCAAGUUUGUAACGUUUGUAAUCCUAUUGUUGUACUAUUUAUUUCAAUGAUAUUGCUCGAGUUUGUACUUGUACU